AAUUCCAUCCCCCGCUCUACGAGUGUCUCACGCGUAGGCGGGACUUUACUCAUUACGUCAUCGCAAGUCCUGUCAGCCGGUUCGGGGGGUCACAGAUAAUGGCGGCUAGGUUGAGCCGCUGCUGGAAACUGUUUCGGUUAUUCUGUCAUUUGUAUAGUCUAUUACUUGCAUCACAACUGGCAAACUGUCAUACCUGUAAACAUCGCGUACCAGACCCUUCUGAGGUUGUUUACGGAGUUCAUUUGGAGUCGGAAAGGAUAACCAAGAGAAGUUCUGAGCAACCCUUAAGAAUAAAGAUCAUAUAUGAUUCAAGCAUGGAAGAUUUAGUACCAGAGAAAAGAAAACUAGUAACGGAUGCACUUUUCCCUCAAGCUAUUGAUUAUUUGCAAAAGGCAUUCCAAGUUCGCAAGCAAGCUGGUCCAGUUCUGCUCAGCAGGCAAUGUGCAACCAAUCAGUACUUGAGGAAGAAAGAUGACCCUCAUCGAUACUGUCAGGGAGCGUGUGCUGAGACCACACGGUGUGGUCCAGUCAUUGUGCCAGAGCAACAUCUACAGCAAUGUAAGGUGUGCAGUGAAAAUGGCAAGUCUUGUGGGCCUGCUGGAGAGCCUGAUGGUGCAGGGCUCCAGGAUGCUGACUUUGUGCUGUAUGUUAGUGGAUUAACCACAGAGCGGUGUGGACAGGAAAACAUUGUGGCUUAUGCUGCAUACUGCCAACUGGAGGCAGCACUGGACAGGCCCAUUGCUGGAUAUGCUAACCUGUGUCCAAAUAUGAUUUCUACGCAACCUCAGGAGUUUAUAGGCAUGCUGUCCACUGUGAAACAUGAAAUUAUCCAUGCGCUGGGUUUCUCAGCUGGGCUUUAUGCAUUUUAUCAUGAUGAUGCAGGAAGACCUGUGACACAGAGAUAUGCAAACGGACUGCCACCAUUUAACGAGAGUCUGGGAUUGUACCAGUGGAGUGAUCAGGUGGUUAGAAGAGCGUCAAGGUUAUGGGAUAUCCGUGGCAACAGGAUGGUGCGUCAUGAAGUGCUCCUUCUCGUAACACCUCGAGUCGUUGAAGAAGCCCGAAAACAUUUUGACUGCCCAGUCCUGGAGGGGAUGGAGCUUGAGAACCAAGGUGGUUUGGGGACAGAGCUCAAUCACUGGGAGAAAAGAUUGCUGGAGAAUGAGGCCAUGACAGGAUCUCACACACAGAACAGAGUGUUUUCUAGGAUUACCUUAGCAAUAAUGGAGGACACUGGCUGGUACAGAGCCAAUUACAGCAUGGCAGAAAGACUGGACUGGGGAAGAGGAAUGGGCUGUGACUUUGUAAUGAAGAGCUGCAAGUUCUGGAUGGACAAGCAAAGACACACGAAGCAGAAAGCUGCUCCUUUCUGUGAUGCUUUGAGGAGUAAUCCUUUACAGCUCACAUGCAGGCAGGACCAUAUGGCUGUGGCAGUGUGCAAUUUACAGAAAUAUAUGAAAAAUAUACCAGCGGAGUAUCAGUAUUUCGAUGGCAUCCCUGGCAUCCCUUUUCAAGAUUUGCCUUACUACGGUGGCUCAGUGGAGAUAGCCGACUACUGCCCGUUCAACCAGGAAUUCAGCUGGCAUCUGAGUGGGGAAUUCCAGCGCAGUUCUAACUGUAGAAUUGCUGAAAACCAGCCAGAUCAGUCUAGAAACUAUGGUGCUGAGCAGUAUGGCCCGGACUCUGUCUGCCUGCUGCAGGGAUCUGCCUUUGUCAUGGAGCAGUGCACAAGAAGAAUGGCUUACCCAGACUGGGGUAGUGGCUGCUACAAGAUCUCCUGUUCUUCCCAAGGGCUAACGGUUUGGAUUCAGGACAAUGCGUACUUGUGUAGCCGUGCCGGACAGUUGCUGAUCAUCAACGUGGAGAUGAGUGGCUGGGUAUACACAGGAAGCUUGGUCUGUCCAUCUUGUUUUGACUUCUGCAGGUCAUGUCCUCCUGAACGAGAUCCUCCUCCCUUUAAUAAGUCAAGACGCAUUCCAAUAGAUCCGUGUUCCAGUUCUUCCAGCCUGGUGGUCACCCUGUGGCUGCUCCUGAUCAAUCUCAUCCCCCUGCUCGCUGGAUUCCUGCUGUGUGCCUGGAACUAAACCCCCGGUAUGGGAACACAGACUGAAUUAAGUUGUCUGCACCAGAACACUGCCACUGGUUUCAGAAGAAGCAGAGUUGUUUCUACCCGAAACACAAACAAGGUCUGCUGGAAAAAGCCAUCACACUACUUGUAGUGUCCUUGCAAAUUAUGAAGUGCCACUGUCUUGUAUAUAGUACGAGAUGGAUACCUCAGUAUAAUUUAAGCUGUAAAACCUAGGAGGCAAGUUGUUUUGGUGCUGCUUGUUCCCCCACACACAUUGCUGUAAUGUGUUUCUUUGAGUAUAUUUGUGAGAGUUAUUGGAGUCGUACCUGAUUACUGGAUUGAAUAUAAUACAGAGUUUAUUAGACAUGGGAUCGAGUUAUUAGAUUUGGUUAGGCAUCCAGAAGUGAGGAUUGCAGAUACCAAAUUGUUUGAUGUACUGUAUGGUGAAGGUGUGGCAUUAAUGGGCAUUUAAGCUUUUUUUUAUUUAUUUAACAUUAUUCUUUCAACAUUGUCUUUUGUAUCUCGAUGCAUCUACGUUUUUAGUCUGAGAACUUUUAAAGGGUUGAAUACCAAGGCUUUAAUAUCCAGUAAAGAACAAAAAUAGUAUGAAUAGUUUAUUAAGCAGAUGCCUUUAUCCAAGGCAACUUACAGAGACUAGGUUGUGUGAACUAUGCAUCAGCUGCAGAGUCACUUACAACAACAUUUCACCCAAAAGACGGAGCACAAGGAGGUUAAGUGACCUGCUCAAGGUCACACAGUGACUCAGUGGCUGAGCCAGGAUUUGAACCGGGACCCCCUGGUUACAAGCCCCUUUUCUUUAACCACUGGACCACACAGCCUGGAUUGGAUUUAAAGCCUUGAUCAUCACUCCUGUAGGUAUCAUUGCUGUUGCAGUAUAAUUUGAGAUGUAACUUGCAGACCACAGAUUUCAGUGAAUCUGGAUUGACAUAUCAUAAAUUGCAGCUUCAAGUGGAAACACUAUUAUAGGGCAUAGCACAUGGGCUGUAAACCUAGGCACUGUAUAUUUGUAAAUAGGGAUAUGUAACUUUUACAGUUUUUUCAAAUUAUUAAUUAAAGAAAAUGCAUAUUUUAAAUGACAACAGUUAGUGCACUAGCAGAAAAAAGCAGCAUUUGCUGCACUUUUCCUUGAAGAAAAUGUAUUCAGUGUGAAUAUUGUCCUUAUGCAGGAUUGUGUUUAUUUUAUAUAAGCACAACAAUACACACACUGAUGUAUUUUAUAGACUCUGAUACUCCUGACUUUUAAGGGGCAGGAGUAACAUUUUGCAAGACAUUGUUUAGAAAUGUAGUGUAUUACAGCAGCUUGUUUCUUGCAAUACUUGUGCAGUAUAGCGUGCUGUACAAGCUCUAAGACAAUAAACCUACCAAUUAUGAGCAACCCCUCAUUCCGUCAAUAUGCCUAAUCAAUGUACUGAAAAUCACUCGCUUACAAUAAUAAUGCCCAUUCAUUCUCUUAAGCAUGCCCCCUUUAACACACUCGGCAUGGGCUAAGCCCACUGACUAACACUAAACAAGAUUAACAUAAUGUUGAAUUCUGCAAAGCGUUGUAUGAAGUUCCUACUGUACAAGUACUCUGAAAAUAGUUUCAAGUAAAAGUUUUGACUGUUGUACGUAAGCCUUACAUAUCUGACAAGGUAAAUGUAUCCUGGCCUGUCGGAUUACUGGGGUUGAUGCACUGUUCCUGUACCAGGGUGCCUACAGAAGUGUCAUCUUAAGAAACGUAUUGCACUCCUGGGUUACAUUUAUUUUUAAGCAGUUUUUAGUGAUCGGUGAUUGUUACAGUGAAUUGAUCUUCUCUUGACACUAAAUAUAUUUGGUUACCUUUCUAGUUCUGUAUGAACAAGGACCCAAAAAGGACUCUGUUUACAUAUUGAAAAUAUUAGCAAUGAUUCUUUUUUACAAUUUCAUUUUUGCACUGGUUUUAUCGUAGAUGCACAUAAUAGUGGGAUUUCAGUAUUACUUUUUGUUGCUGCUUUUUUAAAUAUUCAUUAUACUCAAUGUAAUUACCCUGCAAUUUUGUUCAAACUCGCCUGCUUGUAAAGCUCUAUGACCUGGUCUUUCUUUAUCUGCACAGUGUUAUUUACACACCAAUAUCUACAAUGUUUUAAAACUACUGAAACUGUUUUAAUUGCACAUACCUUUUUAAGUCACAUGUUUUAUUUAUUUUACUCAUGAAAUGUCUUCUUUAGACAACAUUCUCUUUGGAAUACAAUAUGCUUCUGUAGUGUUCCGUAGUGCCAAGCUUGGAUAGCAUGAAGAACAUGGGAUUUACACCAGUUACUAGCAAGGGGAUCAUUUUGUAUAUUUGUUUCCAGGCCGUCUGCCAUACUUGAAGGUUUGUAUUCAACAAAAUCCCAAAUAGAAAAAUAUAUAUAUGGAGGAAAUUCUAGAUGGAAUUAGUUAUUCACCUUGCUAGAUAAUGUUAACUCAUCUUCUACAUAUAAUAUGCUCUGCUUUGAAAGUAUCAUGUGUGCAGUCUAAGGUGGAAUCCCUGUAUUCUGACCACCUAGAGAGAAGCAGUACUGACUCGCAGCAUCUUAAAAACAGCUUUUAAGAGCAAAGAGGAAAGAUGUGCACCUUAACUGAGCUAAACCUGAACUUCUGCAAAGCUGGUGCAACUGAGCCCAGGUCUUUAGAAGAACGUGGACACAAGGAGAGUUCACUAUGGUUGUAUAUUGUAUUGUUGUAAAGCACCUUGAAUGCUGUGAAAGACACUACAGUAUAUAGCUCCAGAAUCUGUUACCAGAGCUUUGUUAAUAGUAAAUGACAACCUGCAAGGGCUCUGUACUCUAGUCAUAGGUUUAGAGUUGUCUGCUAUGUAAUGAGACCAAAGACAUUUCUAUAGAUAAAUCUGAGCUUGCUUUAAAAAAAAAAAAAAAACAUACUUCCACAGGAUAUCAUUUUAGAGAAAGAGAUGCUGCAAUGGUGAAUUUAGCCUCUUUGUCCUGCUUAUUUUACAUUAGAAAAAAAGGGCUAAUUCUUUGCGUUGGGACUCAUUUAUUAUUGUUUUGAUUUGUAGCUAGUUGUAUGCACUAUGUUAGAAGUGAUCAAAAUAAUGUGAAUGUUGGAAAUCUUUCAAAUAAAUGAUUUGAAACAG